AACCCAUGGAAAUGCCCGCACUGCCCGUUCAUCCAACACUCCCGUCGCACCCCGGACUACAAACGGCACGUCGCCACCCAGGGCAACCGGAAACACUUGGACGUGUCGCGGUGUCCCCCUGCUGCGUGCGAACGAUCCGAAGCACACGCGGACGCCGGUGCCGUUGGAGGAGGUGUGGGCGGCGACGGAGCGCGGGAGGAGAUGGUGGGCGGGUGCGGGAAGACGUUCUCGAGGAAGGAUGCGUUUGCUCGC